CCCAACAAAACUGACUAGAUCCCUCAAUCUCCAUUGUUUUUUUUUGUUUUUUUUUUUGUGUGUGUAAUGAUGUCUUGCUUGAUCAUGCUUGUGUUGCUUUUCCUCCUGAACCUUGCAUCUUCAGAUAUCAAUCAGGGUCAUUUCAGUUUCAAUGGUUACUUGAAUAUUGAUGGAGUUGCAGGCGUAGAUUCAAGUGGGCUCUUUAAACUGACUAAUUCUACAAUCCAAUCAACAGGUCACAUCUUCUACAAGAAUCCAAUCCAAUUCAAGAACUCCACAAAUGGUAGUGUUUUCUCUUUUUCGACCACAUUCUUUUUUGCAAUUGUACCGGAGGAAUACCCUACUUUGUCUGGCCAUGGAUUAGCCUUUGUAAUCUCGCCUAAUAAUAGAAUUCCUGGAGCUCUUCCCAGCCAGUAUCUUGGUCUUUUCAAUCAAUCAAACAACGGUGACAGCUCAAAUCAUAUUGUUGCGGUUGAGCUGGACACAAUUAUGGGCAGCGAAUUCGAUGACAUAAACAAUAACCAUGUUGGCAUCGAUAUCAAUGGCCUAAACUCAAUGGUAUCUGCUCCUGCAGGGUAUUUCACUGAUGAAGGCAAGUUCAUAAAUGUCGCCCUUAUAAGCGGAGAUCCACUGCAGAUUUGGGUUGAAUACAAUGGGAUGAAAAAACAACUCAAUGUUACGUUGUAUCCAAUCAAUAUAUCAAAGCCAAAAACCCCACUUUUAUCCUUCAAACGGGAUUUGUCUCCGUAUAUUUAUGACUAGUAUGUAGGUUUCUCAUCCUCCGCAGGUUCGAUUCUAUCAUCACACUACAUAUUGGCAUGGAGUUUCAAGAUGAAUGGCUCAGCUGAGGAGCUAGAUUUGUCUCACCUUCCAAAAAUUCCACGAUAUGAUAAUGAUAAUAAUCGAGGAAUCAAGCAAUUGAAGAGGAUUUUGGCUUUCACCCUUUCUUUCACAGGUCUCACUUUAGUCCUCGUAUUGGUUUUCGGGUUUGUGUUGAUCUCAAGGAAGAAGAGAUUCAUGGAGAUUCUGGAGGAUUGGGAGGUUCAGUACGGGCCUCAUAGAUUCUCUUAUAAAGAUCUAUUCAAAGCUACAAAGGGGUUUAAAGAAAAGGAAGUUCUAGGGAGAGGUGGAUUUGGUAGGGUGUAUAAGGGUGUUUUACCCUCUUCCAACAUACAAAUUUCCGUCAAAAGGAUCUCUCAUGAUUCAAGGCAAGGUAUGAGGGAAUUCGUGGCUGAGAUUGCAACCAUCGGUCGCCUCAGGCAUCCGAAUUUGGUUCGACUUCUCGGUUAUUGCAGGCACAAGAACGAGUUGCUUUUGGUUUAUGACUACAUGCCUAAUGGAAGCCUUGACAAGUUUCUUUAUCACCAACCUAAUAGCAGUCUUAAUUGGACACAAAGGUUUAAGAUCAUCAAGGACGUAGCGUCCGCGUUGUUCUAUCUGCACCAGCAAUGGAUGCAAGUCAUCAUUCACAGAGAUAUCAAGCCUACCAAUGUGCUGAUAGACGGUGACAUGAACGCCCGACUAGGAGAUUUCAGCCUGGCAAAGCUAUGCGACCUUGGAAAUGAUCCUCAAACCUCGCAUGUAGCUGGUACGCUUGGUUACAUGGCUCCUGAGCUGGCAAGAGAAGGGAAAGCAAACACAAGCACUGAUAUAUAUGCAUUUGGAAUAUUCAUGCUUGAAGCUGCAUGUGGUAGAAAGCCCAUCGAACCACGAGCGCCACCAGAGGAAGCAUUUCUUGCAGACUGGAUAACGGAUUGCUGGGAUAAAGGAGACAUUUUGGCGACUAUUGAUAAGAGGUUGGAGAAGAGAUUUGUGGGACAACAAGCUGAGUUGGUGUUGAAGCUUGGGUUGCUUUGCUCACACCCGGUGGCAGCCGGUAGGCCUAGCAUGUCCAGCAUUAUAUUAUAUUUGGAAGGUGUUGCUUCAUUGCCCGAAGACUUGAGCUCUGUUAUCAAAGCUCGAGAAUUCCCAACAGGAUCAAAUGAAGUGGACGCUCUUAAUGAGUUAACAGCCGAGAGAAACACCGUUCCUUCAUUAACAAUUACAGAAGCAUUUGUUUCUCACUGUAGGUGAAGUGGGAAAAUAUGGGGUUUUUCUUUAAGAAUUAUGAUUGUAAAAAUUAAAUAAAAUUUUAAAGCCUUCCAAAUCGAGUAGUGUGGUUUGUACCCCGCUGCUUACAAUAAGUAAUGCUAAUAGGGUUUUGUAUAAUAUUUAAGAAUCAUAAGUAGCAUAGUGUUGCUGUCCAUGCAAUUACCAUUUAGGAUUAUAUUUUGUAAUUUAGCAUUUUAUCCAAUUUUUGCGAUUCUUA